UUUCACCUAGCUUGCCCUGUUGUGAUAGUCCGGUUCAAAAUGUUACCUGCUCUGCCCUUCAGAAAAACUGCAGUAACAUUACUUCUACCGAUUUGAAUGCAUAACUUGCACUGUUCGCUUUCUAGGUUUGGAUGUCCGGACCCCAAACUGGGGAGGCUGAGGAAUGCAUUCAAACACCAUCUUUCUCCCAGGAGUGUCACUUUGUUUUGAACCGGUCUUGUUUUAGAAAUACUACUGCAUUCUGUUCUAAUUUUCCAGAGCCCCCUAAUCUUCUUCCAGGCUCUUAAUGAUGUAGUUGAUAAUAGGAUUGCUGGUAUUAAUUUGGAACAAUAAUGCCAGCUGCUUGCUUGGUGGCUAUUGGCAGAGGGGUGACCUUGCAGGUCAGCUAAGCAGAACUGGAAGUGCUUUGAUCUGAUCUAUACAGAGCUAGAUCUGUCUACCCGAAGACGAGGAGCGAGUGAAUUCUCUCUCCAUGGGAUGCUGAUUCUUCUCCAAAGAGCACGGAGGACAGCAUGGCAGUGGCUUUUGAUGCAAUCCUCGCUCGGAUCAAGGAUGUUUGUAAAAGAAAUGGUUUGCUCAUUCUCUCGGUGUUGUCGGUCACCAUCGGCUGUCUUCUCGGAUUCUUCCUGAGGACGAGACGACUCUCCCAGCAGGAAAUUAGUUAUUUCCAGUUUCCUGGUGAGUUACUGAUGAGGAUGCUGAAAAUGUUGAUUCUCCCACUGGUUGUCUCAAGCUUAAUGUCUGGGCUAGCAGCCCUGGAUGCCAAGACUUCCAGUCGAUUAGGUAUCAUAACUGUCACUUACUACCUGUGGACAACAUUUGUGGCUGUGAUUGUGGGAAUAAUUAUGGUCUCCAUUAUCCAUCCUGGUGGAGCAGCACAGAAGGAGAGCACUGAAGAGGGUGGAAAGCCCAUCAUGAGCUCUGCAGAUGCACUGCUUGACUUAAUCCGGAACAUGUUUCCAGCCAAUCUUGUUGAGGCCACAUUCAAGCAGUAUCGCACCAAGAGUAUUCCCAUCAUUAAAUCUAACAAAGCAUCAUCUGAAAGCACCACUCGUCGCAUUAUAAUAUAUGGAGUCCAGGAUGAGAAUGGAUCCAAUGUCCAGAAUUUUGCCUUGGAUAUCACUCCCCCCCCUGAAGUGAUUUACAAAUCAGAACCAGGCACUAGUGAUGGCAUGAAUGUGCUAGGGAUUGUGAUAUUCUCUGCCACAAUGGGUAUAAUGUUGGGAAGAAUGGGGAACAGUGGCGUUCCUUUGGUCAGCUUUUGCCAGUGUUUAAACGAAUCGGUCAUGAAGAUCGUGGCAGUUGCUGUUUGGUAUUUUCCAUUUGGAAUUGUGUUCCUAAUUGCUGGUAAAAUCUUAGAAAUGGAUGACCCUUCAGCUAUUGGGAAGAAACUGGGUUUCUACGCCAUUACAGUGGUUUGCGGCCUGGUGGUGCAUGGGCUGUUUAUUCUGCCAAUGAUGUACUUCUUUAUCACCAAGAAGAAUCCCAUUGUCUUCAUCAGAGGGAUUCUUCAAGCCUUGCUCAUUGCUCUGGCCACAUCUUCCAGCUCUGCCACACUGCCUAUCACUUUCAAGUGCUUGUUGGAGAAUAACCAUGUGGACCGGAGGAUUGCGAGGUUUGUGCUGCCUGUGGGAGCCACCAUCAAUAUGGAUGGGACAGCACUCUACGAGGCGGUUGCUGCCAUCUUCAUUGCGCAAGUAAACAACUAUGAGCUGGACUUUGGGCAGAUUAUUACUAUAAGUAUCACAGCAACAGCUGCCAGCAUAGGUGCUGCAGGUAUCCCGCAAGCUGGCCUGGUGACAAUGGUCAUUGUUCUGACCUCGGUUGGGCUCCCGACAGACGACAUCACGUUGAUUAUUGCCGUUGACUGGGCACUAGACAGGUUUAGGACAAUGAUCAAUGUCCUGGGAGACGCGCUGGCUGCUGGGAUCAUGGCCCACAUCUGCCGGAAGGAAUUUAUCAAGGACGGUGACGAGCUGGAAGAGAGACUCUUUGCCUUGAACAGGAAAAUGUGGAAUUAUCGCCACCCUGCUUGUACUGGAGCUAGGAGACCAGCUGUGAACGUCAGGAAAGGCACACAGCUUGCAAGAGACGUGGGCUUCUUUAGGUGGAAGAUUUUAAUACGGAAAAAUUAACUAAUGGACAACUACUGUUUUAUUCUGCACUCAUUUGACUCCAGUAUAGCAUUUGAGACUCCUUUGGUUUCUUUUUUUUAAAGUUUUUUUUAUUUGACCCUUUUUGAUUUUCUAACCAAAGCCUUUUUUUCUGAAUCUCAGUAAUUAUGAACACUGUAUUUAUGUAGAUUUUUUGCUAUGUGAAAAUGUUUCACCAAAACUGCUAAAGAUACUAAUUUUGUCUAAUAUUUGCUAAAUAAUAGAGUUUGUGCUUAGUUUUAGAAAAGCAGUAAGAAAAUCACACUGAUUUCCUGAUCUCAAGGGGUUACGUAUAUUACUAAAUAACACUUCAAGCAGAGGAGAAGCAAAGCAUGCAUUUUUGCAAGAAAGCACAUUAAGGUAAUUCCGAUGGGCAGCCUUCAGAGAUAGGCAUUCAAGUGUGAUACAUAACACAAAGAAUUCCUAGGUCACUGCAGAGCACAGUUUGCCUUCCAAGUGCCAGAUUUAUUAACCUUUUUUUAACCUAACUCUUCAGUAGAAUCAAUACCAUGCACAUGCAGUGGCAGAGGCGAUGUGAGCCCUAAUCCAUAAGCACUGGUGCUAAUGUGUCCUCUCCUGUAAUCUGUAGGCUGUUCUACUGUAAAUAUGUAUAAACCCAAAGCUGAAGCUCAUGAACCACAUGCUUCAUCCUAAGGACGGGCUGAACACAAACUGGAACCAGGUGAUGCUGAGUAAUAUUGGGGUUUUGUGAGGAGUUUGCUGUGGAAACUGGCCCGUUAUUUCUCAUAAUUCGGUGGUUGAUCUACAUUGACAGUUACUCCCUUUCCACUAUCUACUGAAUCUUUCAGUUACAAUAGAAUCUGCUGAGUAUGUUUCCAAUGUUUGUGAUGAUAGAGAACAUUUUUAAUAAACCUGCCAUUUAAAAACA